AUGGGUCUGUGGCCUUUAAAUGUCGAUGGAGUAGAAGUCACUGGGACGUCCAACAACGCAGAUAUUGUGUCUGGUGAGUUGCCGGUCUUGGCGGCCGAAAGGAUGGAGGCUGCUGAAACAUCCACCUACGUGGCUAACAUGGUAGGUGAGGCGACGGUAUUGGCUGUUAAUGGGGAUGAGGCGAUCGGGUCGCCCACCGAUACAGCCAACGCGGCAAACGAUUCUACGAUGGGGAAUAAUGACUGCGUGGAGGCAGCCAAAUCGCCUCAUGAGGCGAUCAUAGUGGCAGACGAGUCGAAAGUCGUGACGACCGACUAA